UGUCGAGUCAACCUGAACUCUCUGCAGUUUUCAUUCCUCUACGAAUCUACUUGCUUUUUGCUCCCUUUCAGAUCCACUGCGCAAAGGCGUGUAUUUGAGCGUGGACUGUCCAGGGGCGCGAACGAUCUCUUUUCGGCAAACUUUUUGUUGUUGUUGUUUUUUUUUGGUUUGUUUGUUUUUUCUUGCUCAAGCUACCUGAGUUGUGUUUACUCUCUGCACGCCUCCACUCCUCUCCACCAUGGAUUUGGUUUGGAUUGUGGGCUUCGUUGCGAGCGUCUGCGCCUGGUUUGCCACAGCGGAGCGGCACAGCGUCUACUGGAACAGCACGAACCCAAAGUUUCUAUGGGACGACUAUGCUGUGGAGGUGAAGCUCAAUGACUACCUUGACAUCGUCUGCCCCCAUUACCCCGAGGGUGAGGUGCCGCUGCUGGAUGCCGAACGAUACGUGCUCUACAUGGUGGAGCGCGAGGACUACGAAUCCUGCAAGCCCCAGUCAUACGACCAGAUGCGUUGGGAGUGUGGCCAUCCCUUUGCCCCUCAUGCCCCUGAGAAGUUCUCUGAAAAGUUCCAGCGUUUUACUCCAUUUACUCUGGGAAAGGAGUUCCGCCAAGGAGAAAGCUACUAUUAUAUCUCCAAACCUUUGCACCACCAUGGAAAAGAGUGUCUCAGGCUCAGGGUGGAUGUCGUAGCUGCUGAUGGCUCUCAAGAGGCCAGAGUGGCUAAAGGAGGCACAGGUGGGACUGGAGUUGGAGCUGGGGGUGGAGUCCACAACCCGUCCAACAGACUGCCUGCAGCCGAUGACCCGGUGGUAAUCCUGCCAGACGUCCAGAAAAGUGUACGGACAAACUCUGCAGUGGCAGCCACAUCCCUCUCAAUCCUCUCAUUGUUAGUCCCAUUUUCAUUACUGCUAUUGUUACACUGAGAGCACCAGAAAGGACUGCUGUUGGCAGACGUUUUUAUCAGGGACUACAAUGAAGACAGUCCGUGGGGAUGAGACCACUGACUC